CUUCCCCGCAUUCUCCUCGCCCCACAUACACCCAACCUCACUACGUACCUUUCACUCCAACCCAUUCAACACAACACAAAUAAACUCCCAUUCCAAUAUUAACGCUGCUCAUGUUCACUGUACAACCAUAUUAUUAUACAUUCUUUUCAUGAAGUAAUUAAGCUUCUUCUUAUUAUUUUUGUUAUUGUGCUUUCGAUUAAUUAGUUAGUAGUUACAAACAAUAAUAUAUAAUGAAACGCUCUUUCCAUAUUCGUUCUCUUUUCUGGCUUAUACUUUUGGUUUUUCUCAUUGCCACACUCCUCAUCAAUAACUCUCCAACAACCAUCCGCAUCAGAACCUUAUUACUCCGCUUCCAACUGCAAGAUCCCGCAUUCGAAGCUGCCUUGCUUAAACACGCCGCCAUCGACCCCACCGAACCGCAAUGGAACCGCGAAAUCCGCAACCUCUUGGAUCAAAACCACCACCACCACCACCACCAAAGAUACCUGCUUCCAGAAUUCCACAAAGCCCUUCGAGAAUGGUUCCAGAAGAAAAAGUUGGAACCAACAAGCAUCAUGUCGGAGUUAACGCAACUAGUGAAAAACCCCAUCGAUGCUCACAAAGGUAGUAGAUACUCGUCAUGUGCGGUUGUUGGAAACAGCGGAAUCUUGCUGAAGAAGCAUUACGGAAAGCUUAUAGAUUCCCACGAGGUGGUUGUUCGUUUGAACCACGCAAGAGUCCAAGGAUUCGAGCAAAACGUUGGGUCAAAAACCAACAUCUCAUUCGUUAACAGCAACAUCGUACAUGGCUGCGCAAGAAUGAUUGGUUGCAAGUGCCACGGAUACAACGAUGACGUGGCAACGGUUAUGUACAUGUGCCAGCCGGCGCAUUUCAUGGACUACACCCUAUGCAAGAGGUCCAUGGGUGAACGUUCACGCUUAUUGGUUGUAACGGAUCCAAGGUUCGAUGUUUUGUGCGCUAGAAUUGUGAAGUACUAUUCUUUAAGAAGGUUUGUGUUGGAGACUGGGAAGGGGUUAGAAGAGUGGGGUCCACUUCAUGAUGAGGCUAUGUUUCAUUACUCUUCUGGAUUCCAAGCUGUCAUGCUUGCUUUGGGUGUGUGUGACAGGGUUUCUAUGUUCGGCUUUGGUAAAUCGGUUAAGGCUAAGCAUCAUUAUCAUACUAACCAGAAGAGUGAGUUGAGUUUGCAUGACUAUGAAGCUGAAUAUCAGUUCUAUCAUGACCUUGUUCAUGGUUAUACGCCUUUGCCUUUUCUUCAACAUGAUACUAAACUACCUCCUCUUCUCAUGUACCAUUGACAAAGCUAAGCAUCAUCAUGAAUAUUAAUUCAUUAGGAUCUUCAAAUAUAUUUUUGUACUCAUACUGUCAAAUGCACAGAAAAAGUGUAAAUUAUAUAUGGUUUACAUCAAUGAUAAUUCAUACACUCUUUUGAGCCGUUUAAU